AUGGCUUUUAACGACGGACUUACUUCCGAUCAACGGCGGGCUCAACUUCUCGCGAGAUAUUCACCGCUUCCUCUUCGCUCGGAACCUACUUCCAAGAUGGUGAGUGUAAUUUUUAUCAACACGGAUAAGUCUAAAAUCCGUCGUCAUCUAACGUUUAAUUCACACUUUGAUGACAUUAAAAGAGCCCCUGGUGUUCAUCGAUACUUUAGCGAGCGGGAUGAUGAUGAAUUAUUGGCACAUUAAGCGCAGAAAUACACGAAUUAUUGUAGUUAUGUGUCAACGUUUGGUAGGGGUGUACCGACUGACUGAAGCUAACUAGCGCCGAUGAAUAGACUUCAUUUUUCUUUCUCUCUGUUGUUCAUUAGUUUAUAUAUUUAUCUAUAAGGCUUAGAGUGAGGCUGAGCUUUAACUUAACAAAGGAUUUAAUUUUUUGGUUUGUGUUUAGCAGCUACCUGACACUAAAGGCAGCUGCUCUCUGUUAGCUGUGCUAUCUUUACAGCAUGGUGGAGACAGCAAACCGGCAACUGAGUGAAUGUAGAUCUGCUGUAAAUAUCUAGAGUUUGGGUAAACUAAAGUUGACUCAACUCUGCAUGUUCGAGUCUCUGUUUCGGUUUUUAUUCUGUGUAGAGUUGAUGUUGAAGCAGCAGCAGCAUCUCUUGGAAGUUGGAGCCAAAAGUGUUGGCAGAUACACGAACAGGAUAUUUUAGAGUUUGGGACUCCUCAAUCUGGGCUCAAUCUUCCUGCUAAUCUAGAGCACAAAUGCUUAUUUUACAGAUUGUGUGAAGCAUCAACUGCAGGCAGCAUUUCAGGGUCUGGAUUAGAAGGAGAUGGACAUUCAGGAGAGAGUUUAAGGACAAAGAUAAUUAGUUAAUGUCACCUCUGUAAAGUAGAGAACUAGAUCUGGUGUAAUUCUCGAGGAGGAGCUCAAAACAAGCUCAUGUUAGCAUCGAUUCCUAAUAUUAGUGUUUACUUGUAUUGCUGUGUGUUGAUAAUACAUGGCACAGUUCCAGGUGAUCUUGUGUUAUUGUAACAGAUGAUGUUUGGUGAUGUGCUCUGAUCACCCUGCCUCCCUGAUGAUGUGUUUGUUUGUUCUGUGUUUCAGUCUCUGGUCAUUCCUGAGAAGUUCCAGCACAUUCUUCGUGUUCUCAACACGAACAUCGAUGGUAGGAGGAAGAUCGCCUUCGCCAUCACUGCCAUUAAGGUAAAGACCUUGGAGGAAAUGGACGUAGAUGUUGCGUCAGAGCACCGUCCAUUUUUAGUGUCUGUAAAUCUUUAGUGAACACGACAACGCUGAUAUGACUCUCAUGUCCCUUCAGGGUGUUGGCAGACGUUACUCUCAUGUUGUCCUGAGGAAGGCCGACAUUGACCUCAACAAGAGGGCAGGAGAGCUGACUGAAGAGGAGGUGAGAAAGAGCUGCUGCAUACCUGCCAACACUCCCGUUUUUCCCGGGACUCUCCCGUAUUUCAGACCUAUCUCCCGCCCACCUCCCGUAUUGUCAUUUCUCCUAGAAUCUCCCGUAGUUUGAUAGUCCACAGACUAAAUAAGUUCAAGGCAUAUCGUAGCUAUUAUUUUUUACUAUUUGUUACUGUUAAAACAAAACAAAAGUGUGCAGCUUCACUUAGACUUAUUUGGAUGAGCAAUUUAAUUACAAAUACUCUCAUAAUUCACUCAUAUCCACCAUACAAGGUAACCCCAAAACAGCCCAGAGUGCGCCGCAAAAAUCUCCUGGAUUUUAUAACCUAAAUGUCGGCAGGUAUGAGCCGCUGUACAGUGAUGAGCUUUGCGGCGUUCUCCUGUCCUGAUGUACUGCAGCCCCAGCAGACAUAACUUUAAAGAUGUCUUUGUGUUUUUUUUUAUAAUUGCAGUAAUUUUCACUUAACAGUUUAAUUAGCAGAUUGCGUAACUGAGCUCAUCAGUGUGGAAAACUUGAGCUCUCAUCAUUUUUCUUUUAGUACAAAAAGCAUAUCGAUAGACUUGUUAUAGACUUGUGUUUGUAAAUAAUGAUCUGUAUUUGUCUGUCAGGUGGAGCGCGUGAUAACCAUCAUGCAGAAUCCUCGUCAGUACAAAAUCCCCGACUGGUUCCUCAACAGGCAGAAAGACGUCAAGGACGGCAAAUACAGCCAGGUAAGGAACCAGAGAGCUCACCUGAACUCUGACAGGGAUGAAAAAUGUCUGCCUGGAGUUUUCAACACCCCCCACGUGUGGCUUCUCCUCUAAACUUGCAUGCCUCCCCAGACAGAAGCACUUCAAUCGCCCUCUCUGCAGACAAUGAGUCAAACUCUAAAUGAAGCGCCCUGAUUGGUGAAAUCGAUCCGUGGGUUCACUAAAACUUUGAAAACUGGGAUCGGCCCGUUUGUUGAUUCACAUAAAUACAAUGAGAGCAUAACUUUGGCCAAUUAUCCACCUGUUCUCAAACCACAGAAAUGGUCCAGAGGAGACACGUGUUUCUCUCCUCAUCAGAGUAAAGGUUUCCUCCCUGCCUGAUUGCCUGCAGGGCGUUCCCUCUGCAUUCACAGAUUUAACAUUCUUACUCGAUGACGGCGGCGUUGGCGGUGGACCGCAUUGUGUAACGUGUUGUUCUGUCAAACACCAUGAAUUCUGUUCCUGUUGAUUUUUCACUGAAGCGGUGCGUCUGUCACUGCAGGAAUGAGGCUCAAAGUCAGAAUGAUCGACAGCUUAUUAAACACUGAACAGAGAAAUUAACCGAUCGUAUCUAGACCUGCUGUGAUCUGGGUCAGACAAAGUCACAUUCAGUGAGACUCUUGUCUUUGUGGUUCCUUCAGAGUUUUCUCAGUUUAGAUCCUGAAAACAGGAGUGGACAGGUUCCUCAGUCAGAGCUGCGGUCUCAGUUCUGCACAGUCUCAACCGAGUGUCUUUGCCAUUUCAGGUCCUCGCUAACGGUCUGGACAACAAGUUGAGAGAAGAUCUGGAGAGGCUGAAGAAGAUCAGGGCUCACCGGGGUCUCAGGCACUUCUGGGGGUAAGAGAUCCAGAUCCACAUUGAUCCUGGUUUGAAGUCUUUGCGUCGAUUCUUCUGACCCGUCACGCUGUGAUCCAAAGGGACUGAAAAUUUGUAUUCAUGUAGUUUGACCACAAACAGAGUUCAGCUUCAGCUUCAGCGUCUGCGACUUCUCCAUCGGAGGAGAGCAGCUCCUGGUUGAUCUCAGAUUUAGCUGUAGACAAAUCCAAAGAUUCAGUCCCUCACAGCUGUUGAGUUUCGACGCAGAGAGAAAACCUUGAAUCCAAAUUUGAGUGGAUGUUGUUGGAUGUUUCUGUCCUGUUAUGAUGUUUGACAUCUCACACUUUCCUCUCUCUCCCCUCCAGUCUGCGUGUGCGCGGUCAGCACACCAAGACCACCGGCCGUCGUGGUCGCACCGUGGGUGUGUCCAAGAAGAAGUAAACUCCCCUGCUGCCCUUUGUUUCAAUAAAACGCCACAUAAGUCCACAUCUGUCUCUCUGGUGGUUUUGUUCUCGCUCAGCUUAAGCGUUUUGGGAUUCAGAGUCGGACACAGUGAUGCUCAGGCUGAGAAGAAGACUCACCUUUAGUUUGUCUCCCAGAUCAAAUUGAGUAGAAUGUGACCUGAAGGCUCAAACAUACAGGAUGUGUAUUUUAGAGCGUGGCAGCAUUGUCGCGGGGGGGGGGGGGGGGGGG